CUCCAGACGACAUCGUGGAUUAUUAGCGAGCGCAACUGGCGGACGCCUUUCAGUCGCGAUUUCAAGCGCGCGCAGCUCAAACGCAUCUGAAAAUCUUCCGCACUCGCUUUUUGUUUUCUGUGACUUCUUUGUGUUUUGUGUUGAUAUUUAUUUUGAUGAGUGAGCCCAGACAAUGAGGAAUCUUUGCUGGCUACUUGCUGUCCCCAUGGCAAUCCUGCCCUUGGGCUGUGCCAUUGUGGGUGCAGGACGGGAUCUCCUGCUGACGCCGAAGCAAGGACAUCAGCUGAAGGGCAAGCGGAUUUUCUACGAGGAGCCGACGGAGGAGCGGGCCCAGAACCAGAGGCGUGGUCCCCUCGAGCGUCCCUGGGAACGAACCCUGAAGCACGUGACCUAUGUGACGCUCUUCACGGACGCGGCGCUGGGCGCAGCAGCUGGGAAUAUGAGCCAGCUGCAGGAGUACCACGACUUCCUGCAGACGCCCUAUGUCCCAGCGGAUGGCCACGCGGGAUCUCCAGCUGGAGGAGCGCCGUCCGCGCGCUUCGGUGAUAUCGUAACCCUGGCGAAGGGCUAUUUGGAGCAGCUGCCGGGACCGGGAAACGCAUCCUUCCGCUUCCUGGAGGGCGGCACUUGCUUCCAACUCAAGUGCCCCACCUUGAAUCCCAACCAGCGGCGGGCUCUGUGGCAGGUGCAGCGCAUUCGCCAUCGGGACGGCGACAAGGGGCGCCACUACCACUACGAGAUGAAGUUCAGUGUGACGCCGCUGGAGUCCAAGUCAUGGCAGCCGCACCAGCAGAUGAGCUACAUCCAGAAGGAGUCCGAUUAUCCGGCGAGUUUCGGGCGAUUGACACACGACCAGGGCUUUGCCCAAAGGCGCCAGGAUCGGGAGAGAUAUGCAGCAGCAGCAUCAGGAGCUGUGGGCGGGAAUGGGGAGCAGUCGCAGGCCACCUUUGUCCACGGCAUAUUCCAGCCUGCUCCGCCGCCCAAACUCAACAUUGGUGAGUACUUAAAGGGGGCGGUGGCCCAAGGGAGUCCCAAGAUCGAGCUGUUUCCGGGUCUCUUCAAUCUGGGACUGCGUCCCAAUUACGUGGCCCCCACCACUUUCCGUCCCAACUAUCCGGCGGCAUUGAAAUUUGGCCCUCAUCCGGAAUUGGAAAGGUUUCCCAGCCACAAUGGAGAUCUGGUUAGUGCUGGCAUUGGUCCUAGCGAAGUGCCAUCCACUCCGGGCGCCGUGACCCAUCACUUCCAUCACCAUUUCUAUGUGGCCCCUGGUGCGGGCGAUGCCGCACUGCACCCGGAGUUGGGUUACCGCUUGCCCAGCUCCGCUUCUCCUGAACCGACCACUCCGCCAGGCAAUCCGGCCUCCAGUUUCUAUCCCCGCCAUCAGACAGUAAAGUUUCCCAACUCCAACUCGGGCUCCUCGGAAUCUCUGGAGGAACAGGAACAAGAUUUACUGCUGCGUACGCCGCAGAUUUAUGGACAGGCCUCCAAAUACCAGACGGCCAAACUGCCGCCCUUGCUGAUCUAUGCAGGCAGCGGUGGUCCCGGCGAUGAGGACAAGUCCUUUGUGCAAAGCGAACCGCUGGAGGAGACCGUGUAUCGUUAUUCCGAACCGGAUCCCUUGUAUGUGCACCAGAAUCCCAUCGAUGUGCUGCACGACAAGCAGCCUGCGGAAGAGGAGAUUGAGAGGGGGCAGGAUCAAGAGGAGGAGGGCUACCAGGAUGCUGAACCAGAAAGAAACGGGGACCAAAAGCGAGUCGGCAGCUUGAAGCAACCGGAACUGGUCACCACUGCAGCACCUACUACCCCGGCAGCCCCGAUUUCCACAACCACUGAGACCACAACCACUGAGAGAGCCACAGUUGUUAUCCCCACGACAAGUAGUUCCAGUUUCGUGUCCACCUCCACGCACUUCAGUCCACUGCGCUCCGUAAGUCGCUAUAGAACCACUCCCAAGAUAACUGCCGGUCGGUCCACCACUACCACCACUUCCACCAGCACGGAACCACCGCUGAGCAAGUGGGCCAAGCGGCGCAAGGAGCAGGACAGCAAGGCCAAGAGCAGUCUGCGGCACGAGGCCUUCAUCAGCACCACCUCGAGCACCACGACCACCACACAAAUGCCUCCUUUAACAACCACUGCAGCUGCGCCUGCUCUGCCUGCACCUGCACCUGCAGCACCUGCUGCACCCAGGGAAGUGGUGGAGGUGCUCACCCAGAAAUCGGUCAGCCGAUCGGUGAGCAUUAAGGUGGGCGAGAAUGGCGAGGAGAUACCCAUCAUUGUGGACGACGAGGAGAACGAGGUGAAGCCAGUACCAAAUAAAUGAUAGCCCACUCUCAAACAUAAUCCUAAGUGUAAGCCUAGUCGUAAGCAGAGAUAUUCCCGAAAUAAAUGCAAGUUAUC